AUGGGAUCAAGUCAUCAAGCCCAACAGCAGCUCAACCUCAGACCUCACGUUCUUAAGCCGAAUCAUCGCUGCCAUCAUCUGAGAGUCGGCUUGUGGCCUGUCCAACAGCGAGCCGCCCUCCCAGCUGUCACUGCUCCUCAGAUUGUCAGCGGCUGCUAUGCGGCAGGUGCAGCCUGCUCUGCCACUGGGUCUGUGCUCCACAAAGGCAACGACCGGCCAAGGCAGUGGCUGGCCCUGGAUUACACAAGUGCAGACACUCAACUAAGUGAGCUGGAAGACCAGGAGGAAGGCCAAGGCUCAGGUGCCCACAUGAUCAGCACAGCCAGGGUACCUGCGGAUAAGCCAGUACGCAUUGCCUUCAGCCUCGAUAAUGCCUCAGAUGAUACACCUCCUGAAGACGCCAUUCCUCUGGUCGUUCCAGAAUUAGACCAGCAGCUACAGCCUCUGCCGCCUUGUCACGACUCCAUGGAAUCCAUGCAGGUGUUCAAACAGCACUGCCAGAUAGCAGAAGAAUACCGUGAGGUCAAAAAGGAAAUCGCCCUGCUUGAGGAAAGAAAGAAGGAGCUCAUUGCCAAGCUGGAUCAGGCAGAAAAGGAGAAGCUGGACGCCGCUCAGCUGGCUCGGGAAUUUGAGGCACUGACGGAAGAGAAUCGGACAUUGAAGCUGGCCCAGUCCCAAUGUAUAGAACAACUGGAGAAACUGAGAAUACAGUAUCAGAAGAGACAGGGCUCGUCCUAACUUGAAAUUAUUCAAUGUGAGCAUAAGAGGUUGGUGGCUGCUAUGCACUGGCCAAAAGAUUUUUAUUUUAAAGGGAUAGUGAGUAAAAUCUAUUGCUUCUCCUUAUUACCCACAUGGCCGACGUCUAUACUAACGAGUUUAAUGCUUGCCUGAUAUAGUUUGAGAGAAGGGUUAUUUUAUUUUAAAUAAGGUAAUUAAAACAAACCUAUUACCAGAUGUUUU